AUGGAUUAUACAGGCAACAAACUGGAGAGACAUAACUUAGAAGCUGAGAAACGACUCAAGAAGGUGGAACAAGAUUAUCUCCACACAAGCCAAAAGUACAUAGAAUCAGAUUCACAGUUGCAGAGCCUAUACAAUGAGAGAAGGCGUGCCGACAGUCUCUGUUCCUCGGCUGAAGCUUUCACUGACUGGUGCAACAAUCUGGUAAAGAAACUACAUGAGGCUCUUGACAAGAUACCUACAACAGAAGAAACCAUUGAUCAUAGCCUACAAUUCUCGAUGUCCAACAGCGUUGAAAGCUUGGAAGAUGAACAAUGGCAGAAGCUGGACUGUGAAGCAAUACGUGAUUUCAGAGAAGUUAGCCGUGAGCUCUACUACAUUCAAAGAAAAAUGCCAAGGAGUGAGAGCAGAAGAUCUAUACAGGGUCUCCUAAAUGAGGUUAAAGAGAAGAACAAGUGUAAAGACAAAGCUGUUUUAACUUGUACACUGGUUCUAAAGAAGCUGAUCAGAGAGAUUCAAAAAGACUGGGAAGACAAACUGCAGAUUAGGCAAUGCGCAAGGGAUCUAUAUAGCGAUUCCAAACGAAAAGUGAAGCAUCUGUGGAACAAAAAGGACCACCUAUCUGGACAAUGGGACGAAGAAAAGAAACACAUGCUCGGGAAUAAGGAAAAGCAUGAGAGGAGGAUAGGUGCAUAUCCUGAGGCUGAAUAUAUCAAGAUGGUGAAUGAUAUAACUUAA